AUGGAAAACUACGAAAUCUUCCGAGAAUGUCUGUCCAACGCCCUAGUGACACGAUCAGAAAAGCCCAAAAAGAAAGGCAAACGAAAAGAAGUAGUCGAACGAACAGACCCUGAAGAGCUGGCCGAGUUCGUGGAUUUCCUCGCCUCAGAAACAUUCACCACCUUCCCACCUCCCCUCCAAACACUCACCUACGCCACUCUCCAACACAACCCAUCACUGUCCAUCUACGUCCCAGACGACACCGGUCUCCCCCGCCACACCCUGGAAAGCAUCUGCUCCCCGAUCCCCGUCAGCGUCUCGGACACACUAGCAGUGUACGGGAUUAUUCCCGAGCCAGCGGAUGUGGUGGAUUUUCUCUCCCCGGUGCUGACGGAGUAUACGACGAGUGUGACGACAGGACCGCCUGUGUGGGCGAGUACGCGGGCGGAGGCGUGUGAGAUCUGCGAGCGGGACUGGAUCCCGUUGUCGUAUCACCAUUUGAUUCCGCGGGGGGUACAUGCGAAGGUACUCAAGAGGGGGUGGCAUGAUGAAUGGACGUUGAAUAGUGUUGCGUGGUUGUGUCGGGCGUGUCAUAGUUUUGUGCAUCGGAUGGCGAGUAAUGAGGAGUUGGCGCGGGAGUGGUUUACCAUUGAAAGGAUCUGUGAGAGGGAGGAUGUGAUGGAUUGGGCGAAGUGGGUUGGCAGGGUGCGGUGGAAGGCGAAGUAG